UGUCAAUGAUCGCCUUUUGUCUUUUGCGGUCUUCGCCACACCGAGACCACAGCAGCGAACUCAAAGCGAACUUGUGCGAUACUGUAUCGAUGCACACUGUGUACUCGUAGCCAUGGCAUCUGUUCCCGUUGCGCAGUUUCGAUGCUUAAAUAAUUACGAAAUCCACGCAUUUGAAGCGAGCUGGCGCCCCCCACCUCCUUCUCUCGACCCCGCUCAGUCCUCUUUCUUUCCUCCGCACUGAACUAGCUGGUCUACAGGAGCAGGCUCUCAACUCGUUCUCCGGCUGAGCCGUUUCCCUUUCUCUGUUCAUUGGCUGCCUUUACUGGCAAUUCCGCUCCUUUCGCCCUCCGUUUUGCGGAAAUAUGCUAGCAUGGUUCCAGGUCAAGGCUAAGGCAGAGCAACUUCGCCUUCGCCUGGUUCUUUCUCGCUUCAUAGCAUGCUACUUCUUUCUCGCACUCGCCCAGUUCGCAGUCCAGUUCAUCCUCCAAUCCAUGUCCCUUGCGGAUGAUAUAACGGUUGUCGACCGCGUUGAGGCUAUCCUCGCGCAGCACAACGUCACGGCUGGUUUUACGAUCAUCUCUGAUGAUAUGCUCCAACUGUGCUCGACCAUCCCUACGGACGAUUUCCAGGAUUGUCUCAGCAUCUCAGCGCCUCACGUGGAGGAAAGGACGCAGAGCUAUGCGACUCGCGCAGAGAGAAAGUCGAGCAAACUCUUGGACGACGUUACAGUGACAACGAACUCGAGUUCCAUCAGCGAUCGGUGUGCAAUGUCGCUGCCAUGGAUAUUGGAAACAUUCCACGACGGCAAGCGCGAAGACAUUGCUACCCUGUUCUUCCAACUGUGGCUUCUCAUCCUCUCGGUUACCGCGAUCUUGACAGAUUCAAUCCCACAUCUUAUUGCCGCCUUGGCCAGCCACGUUCUUGAUACUGCAUGGGCCGGUUUCAACGUGCACAGUCAGCUCAAGAUGAGGUCCCAAUACGUCCAGUUUGUUGUCGGAGAUGCCUGUGAUGGUGUCGAUGUCCUCAACGGCUGGUGGGACGUCCGUUUGAACCACUCUGUCCCUAUCCUCAUCGUCAAUUGCACCGUUCUGGUUAUGUCCUGGCUCAUCUCGUGGAAAUUGUUCUUGAUGUAUGAGCGGCAAACGUUCAACAGCGUCGGAGCGUCUCCAGAAAUUAACCGCAUCUACAAGAUCUAUCUGGCCUUCUAUAUGACUAUGCAACUGGCUUCUUUCUUCAUGAUUGCUGGUACUGCUCUAUGGAUCAACAGGCUGAGCGAGCAUCUACAUGAUGCCGACAUGACUAGCUACACUCUCUACCUUGCCCUCUUUGUCGUCUCCGUCGUACUAGAGCUCGUCUGGAUCGUCCUCGGCUGGUACUCCAUCCGGCGAGAAGCCCGGAUUUUCUUCUGGUGUUUCAUCGCAACGGGAGCCGCGUUGACAGGAAUUUGGACCGCAAUGUACUUCUCUCCACUCUAUCGUUUCUACCUCAGCAUCUGGCCCUUCUUCGCAACCGUCACCGUUACGGCGUACAUCCUCCUACUCCUCACGUUCGUUGCGGGUAUUCUCUGUCGUCUCAACUUUGGCAAGGGGCUCGCUCAUUAUCUGAGCGUCAUCUCCGCUCUCGCGGGCGACAACUUCACCCCCGCCUCUUUCGCCAACAAUCCCGACGACACAGAUUGGCCCUCUAAAUCCGGCGAGGACCCUCCUCGGUUCUCCUACAUCGACCUCGAUUCGUCCAGUCUCGUGGUUCCCCCGGCCAAACAUAUUUCGACUAUCCGUCUGCACGGUUCAACGACAAUGAUUCCCAGCCUCCCCAUGACGCCUUCGGCCGCCUCAGAACGCCCUCAGUCUCAGCGACCGCCCAGCAGCUUCACGAUUCCAAUUCGGGGCCUGCCGCAGAGGCCAGGGGCUGCAGCACAGAAGGGCAGAGGUGAAAGCUUCCUCAAGCUUGGUCGUGAGAAGCGGUUGAGUGGCCAGUUCCGUGUUCCCCAUCUUAACAACCGCUUCUAGCGACUGUACCUGCAUGCUCGGUGAUCCUGGAUGUUUUGGGCGUUUCUGUGCAUUAUGACUGUAGGAAGUGUAACCUGGACAGGGUGGACGCAUGGAGGUCCGCGAAGUGGCAAGGGUGUACAUUAUUUGUCCGUGGAGAGGCAGGUCCUCUUGACCUUUUGAAACGUUCUUGGAUGUCUGCUUUCUCUAUGCUCGAAGCAUUUAUCACCAUUGUAUUUUGUUGGGGACAUGUCUCCAAUGUGUAUUUCUACGUGUUUUGCUAUAAUGGCUCGCAACCGUACCUCC